CCCUUAUUCAAACUUGAUUUACCACAUUUAAUCAAUUGAUUUCGUUUUUUUCCUUUUUCUUUCAUCUUUUUCAAGUAUCUGUCUGGUUUUAGUUAGGGUAAUCAUUUCAAUCAUGGCAGUUAGUGGUAAAGUGUUGGUGGUAUCCAAUCGUUUACCUGUUACAAUCAAGCGUUCAGAUGAUAAGUCUUAUACUUAUACCAUGUCAUCAGGUGGUUUAGUUACUGCUUUACAAGGAUUAAAAAAAUCAACUGAAUUUCAAUGGUUAGGAUGGCCAGGUUUAGAAGUUCCUGAUGAUGAACAGGAUCGGGUUAAUAAUGAUUUAGCUGAACAAUUCAAUUGUACUGCUAUCUUUUUAAGUGAUAUGAUUGCUGAUUUACAUUAUAAUGGAUUUUCAAAUAGUAUUUUAUGGCCUUUAUUUCAUUAUCAUCCUGGUGAAAUGAAUUUCGAUGAAAAUGCUUGGAGAGCUUAUAUUGAAGCUAAUCGUCAAUUUGCUAUAUCAAUUGCUUCUCAAGUUAAUGAUAAUGAUAUGGUUUGGGUUCAUGAUUAUCAUUUAAUGUUAUUACCGCAAAUGUUAAGAGAAGAAAUCGGUACAUCAAAGAAAAAUAUUAGAAUUGGAUUCUUCUUACAUACUCCAUUCCCAUCAUCGGAAAUUUAUCGUAUUUUACCCGUUAGAAAAGAAAUCUUGGAAGGAGUUUUAAGUUGUGAUUUAAUUGGAUUCCAUACUUAUGAUUAUGCUAGACAUUUCUUAAGUUCAGUCAAUCGAAUCAUUCAAGAUGAUGUAAAAACAUUACCUAAUGGUAUUGAAUAUAAAGGUAGAUCAAUCAGUGUUACAGCAUUCCCCAUUGGUAUUGAUGUGGAUAAAUUCACUGAAGGAUUAAAUAAAGAUAGUGUAAUUAAUAGAAUAAAACAAUUAAAACGGAAAUUUGAAGAUGUCAAAAUCAUAGUUGGUGUUGAUAGAUUGGAUUAUAUUAAAGGGGUUCCCCAAAAAUUACAUGCUUUUGAAGUCUUCUUAUCUGAAAAUCCCGAAUGGAUUGGGAAAGUGGUAUUAGUUCAAGUUGCUGUUCCAUCUCGUGGUGAUGUCGAAGAAUAUCAAAGUCUUCGGGCUACAGUUAAUGAAUUAGUAGGUAGAAUCAAUGGUAGAUUUGGUACGGUUGAAUUUGUUCCUAUUCAUUAUUUACAUAAAUCAGUAUCAUUUGAUGAAUUAAUCAGUUUAUAUCAUGUAUCUGAUGUUUGUUGUGUAAGUUCGACCAGAGAUGGAAUGAAUUUAGUAAGUUAUGAAUACAUUGCUUGUCAACAAGAAAAUCAAGGGGUAUUAAUCUUAUCUGAAUUUGCUGGAGCUGCUCAAUCAUUAAAUGGAGCUAUUAUUGUAAAUCCAUGGAAUACAGAAGAAUUAAGUGUAGCCUUGAAGGAAGCAUUGGCAUUACCAGUUGAAAAAAGAAAAAUUAAUUUCGAUAAAUUAUUCAGUUAUAUUUCAAAAUAUACUUCUGGAUUUUGGGGUGAAAGUUUUGUUAAGGAAUUAUAUAAAUGUACUGAUAAAUCAAAGUAGUAGUAUUAUCUUUCUGUCUCUUCUGUUUAUUAUCUUUUUUUUUUUGAAAUGUUUAUCUUAUAAAUAUACAUAUUACUAUCUUGAAUACUUUCAUAA